UAAAAUUAUAUUACAGAAAAACCAGCAAUUCAACACAAGUUGGAACAGACAAUAACCUUGAAUCUCCAAUGCAUGCAUGUAAUUCUGAUCAUCAUCAUGGAUCCAUCCCUGAGAGCCAAGUUAUCUUUUCAGCUAUACCUUAUGUUUGUGGAGAAGUCGAGGUCAUUAGCACAGAAAAGUUUGUUACAACUGAUUAUUUGCCAGGUCAAAGAUAUGUAUCAAAAUUAAACCAUCCCACAUGUAAGCCAACUAAAGAGCAUGACUAUAGUUAUCACAGAGAUGAUAAAGUGAUUGUAGAUUCGUCUACUCAAACAGAAGUUACAGCUAAUGAUAUCAGGCUACUGGAACAGGAAAAUGACAGACUCAAGCAUACCCUGGAAGAUAAAGACAGCUUGUCCAGAGAAAUUUUUGUUAAACAUGUUACCAAAGAUGACAAACAUGUAAAGUUUUACACUGGUGUUCAAAAUUUCGCUAUUUUAAUGGGUAUUUUCCAGCUUCUUAUGACCAAAUGUUCCAAGUUAAAGUACUGGUCUGGCAAGGGAAGUGUUAAUGAUAAAAACUACCAAACUGGAAAUAGAUUAAAGCCUGGACCACAAAGGAAAUUGACAGAUUUUCAGGAAUUUAUACUUACAUUAGUACGUCUUCGUCUUGGUCUAAUAGAUUAUCACUUAGCUGAUAUUUUUGGAAUCUCAAAGACCCGUGUUUCACAGAUAUUUACAACAUGGAUAACAUUUAUGUCAGGUUUAUUUGGAAAACUAAUAAAAUGGCCAUCAAAGCAACAAGUCAGAAAACAUAUGCCGCAUUCAUUCAAAAUGUUAUACCCAAAAACAAGAUCUAUAAUUGACUGCACAGAAUUUUUUUUUCAACAUCCAAGAUCUCCUACAGCACAGGCCUCAACAUAUAGCACUUAUAAAUCAAAAAAUACUGGGAAAUGUCUUUUAGGGAUCUCACCUUCUGGAACCUUCACUUUUGUUUCAGACGUUUAUGGCGGCAAUGUAUCAGAUCGUUUUAUUACUGAAAAGUCUGGUUUCAUGGAUUAUAUUGAAGAGGGAGAUGACAUAAUGGCAGAUAGAGGCUUCACCAUAAGAGAUUUGUUAACAGAAAAAAAAGCAACAUUAAAUAUGCCACCAUUUACUCGCAAGUGUGUUUGGGGAAAAAAGAAAAGACUUAAUGUGAAUGAAAUUAAACAAACUCGCUCUAUAGCUAAGUUGAGAAUUCAUGUUGAAAGAGCCAUUCAAAGACUAAAGCUAUUUAAACUUAUAGGAAAUACUAUAGCAUGGUCUCUGAAACCAUUGACUAAUCAAAUGGUCAAAGUUUCAGCAUUUUUAUGCAAUUUAAUGCCAAAAUUAGUUAGGCGGUAAAAUGUCCAUAGAGAU